AUGGAUCAUCUACCUCUCCCAUCAGAUCCCAUUCUACCGUUGAGCGAGGUCCCCUACCUUUGCAAUGAGCCCUACGAUACCACCAUACCAUUUCUUGAAUACCCUCGUCACAAAGGUAGACCCUGGAUGACACGUGAAGCGCCCUACGAGUAUCACGAGGCGCUCUUUCCUACACCAACGCGCGAUCUCGAAAGCUUCUUCCAGACUUGGCUAUGUUUUGGCCUACUCGCCGAGCUUCUUGCCGGGCUCUUUGAUCAUGAGAGCUUUGUGUCAAAAUCGAAACGAGAUGGCAGCCCGGUCAUCUCAACGAUGCAGCUCCAGUCCUUGACAGAACAACGCUUCGAGUUGGUAAGAACACUGGACAAGCCAACGCAAAAGGAAAUCUACCUCCACGCCGUCCAAUGCAUUGAUUUUACUACGAGGGUCUUACCAGUUGCAGCACCAGACUUUAAUCAUGCUGUCAAAAAUUCCAUUGCUUCACUUGCAGAACUUCUAGGAAAUGCCAUAGAUCUAGCCCAUCUAGGUACCUUUCCAGACGCUAUGCGCUGCAAAAGACCAUUCACCCGUAAUUUUUAUUCAGACGAGAUGAAAGCAGCGAUGGUGGCAGCCAAUUGGUGUCCUAACGACAUUACACGGCUGACCAACAAAUUUACAAGCAUUCAGUUACUGUAUUUCUUCAGCAAGAUGAAAAAGCCACCGAGUAUGGCUAACCAUCGAGAUUGCACUUCCAAGUGUUGUUUUGCACAUUCUCUUAGCCUGUCCCAGUACAAGAUGCGUCAUUCUGAGGCUUGUACCAAUGAAACUAAAUGCGAACGCAAACCCAUCUCCAUCGAUCAGCAGCCUGUCGUGGACAUCUACCGCUCUGGAGCAAUACCCCUCCUUCAAUUCACUGUUAAGGACAAUGAGCCAAGCAAAGUUAUCCUUAAGUUGUCCAGUUCCGGGAUAGACACGACACAUUAUGUGGCAAUAUCGCACGUCUGGUCGGACGGACUGGGUAAUGAUGGGGCCAAUUCGCUCCCCCAUUGCCAACUAGCACGUCUUGCUAGAAUGCUCGACCUGUUUGCUGAAGCUGGCAAACAACCUUUUUUCUGGCUAGACACACUCUGUUGCCCGGUCGACCCUGAAGGGAAAAAGCUAGCGUUGUUGCAAAUGAGGCGCAUCUAUGCAGAAGCAAACAAGACACUGAUCCUUGACUCAAGUUUGUACAGCUACAAUAGUCAAAAUUUAGGUGCAGCAGAGCUCCACGCCAGGUAUUUGACAUCUGGAUGGAUGCGUAGGCUAUGGACAUUGCAAGAAAGCGCACUCGCCAGCAACCCAUGGGUUCAAUUCAAAGACGGACCUCUUCGUCUAGAGCCCAUGUUCAAUCGCCUUAAGAAAAUACACGACGAAAACCUAAACUACAGGAGGCUGGUGCAAGACUUUUGGCUAGAUUCUAAGCCACUGACUUUGAGCUGGUAUUACUCCCCAAAUGGCCUUCCUCAGCUUUGGCUUCUCGAUCGAGCGCUCUCACAGCGGAACACCACCGUUGCUGCGGAUGAAGCUAUCUGCAUAGCCUCGCUCAUGAGUUUAGAUGUGUCUGAAAUUCUCCCUCUGUCCGGUGAAAACAGAAUGUGCAAGGCAUGGGACCUUCUAGCUGCAGCCAACAACGGCUCACUCCCAAGCAAGAUGAUAUUUCUCGACGGUUUUAAACUCAAACGCCGCGGCUAUCGAUGGGCUCCAUCCACCCUCUUACCUCCCGGCGAACGCUUUCAUAACGAGCAUACUCGAUCCCUUCGAUGGCGAGGCCCCCAAGGCAAGCCCACUUCCGAGGGGCUAAUGGCCGAAUAUCACAGUUAUAGGUUUCGUCCAUACUCAGGCCCAUCCCCUUCUCCUAUUUGGGACAUCCUUCUCGAGAUGCGGCAGGUACGCUUUAUCUUCAAAGACCAAACACGCGGCAUCUGGUGCCAACUUGUCUAUAACUCAACACCCACGGAAAUAGAAACCGGCCAUUCCGCCUCGGAGAUCAUGCAAACACCAUUCGUGGACCACCUAGCCAAGGGCGAUCUAGCCGUCGUUCUAGCAGAAAAACCUUCAGACAAGUCUCCGACGUUCUUCGAGGAUACGCUCCGAGAAGGUAGACUCGUCACCAUCACUGAGGAAAAAGAAGACGUAGUGUAUGCAAGUUUAGGCGAGGUUGUGAUUCUCACCCCCUUAACCCCGGAGGCAGUCAUCGUGUAUGAUGCUGCUGAACGGCUCAUGCAAGAACUCCGUAGCUGGGAGCUCGAAGACUCUAAAGGGCUUGAGGUAGCCCAGCAGGUGAGCGAGGAGAGAAUCCGUAAAAUGAAGGCUAAGUGUAAGGAGAUGACGAGCAAACUGCUCGCGGAUGAGCCAGGGCUGGCGGGUGCAGCGCUCAAGUGGUUAGGUGAGGGUGGAGAGGCGUUGGAUAUGUGGGUAUGUGUUGUUACUUGGUUCAGACAUGUGGGGGAGGGGUGGAGGUUGGAAGGGGGAAGGAUGUGGUGCGUUGAUUGA